GUGCGUGGGAACGCAGCUGUACAGUUCUCAGCCACCGCGUGCCGCCCACCCGGAGAGGCGGGCGUCGGGCAUCGUUUCUACUCAACAUCGUCGGAUAGAAUCCACAGGUCUUCCCUCGAGGAUUAAACUGAUUUGUGGCUACCGAACCCCCUACUAAACUACCAAAAUGCGUCACGUUGCUGCAUACCUGCUCCUCCAGAUCGGCGGGAACGCCUCCCCUUCUGCCGGCGAUGUCAAGAAGGUGCUUGGUGCCGUUGGCAUCGACGCUGACGACGAGCGCCUUGAGAAGCUCGUCUCUGAGCUCGAGGGCAAGGACGUCAACGAGUUGAUCGCUGAGGGCUCCUCGAAGCUCGCUUCCGUUCCUUCCGGUGGUGCGGUCGCCGCGUCGGGUGCUGCUGCUGGCGGCGCCGCAGCUGCCCCUGCCGAGGAGGCCAAGGAGGAGAAGAAGGAGGAAGAGAAGGAGGAGUCCGACGACGACAUGGGCUUCGGUCUCUUCGACUAAGCUAUCUGCAUCCUUCGUUAAAACCAUGCUUUGCUGCUCGCUGUGUAUUGUUCGCACUGUAGCAAUUAAUGACACCCGAGAUGUGACGGCCC